UCCUCGGGUCGAGGGUCUGGCCCAAUGUUUUAGAAAAUACUUGAUUUACGGUAUAUUUUGGUGGUCAGAAAUGUCAGAUGGUGUUGUGUGCAGGUGGUGGUGAUUCUAGGCUCGGAUGCACCCUGGCUACCCAGAUUUGGCAAAUGUGGCAAGUGUGCAUGGGUGAAAUGUGAUGUUCAGAGCAGGCAAUACUACUGUUUGCCCGCCGCUGUGUUUCAUACACCCGUGUGAACACAGCACAGCGUGCUUGGUCCGCUCACUGGUCUUGGAAUUGGUAAAAAAUAUAAUUCGAGUCAAUAAUGAUGCUAUAUCUUUAUAUCCACGUCCAGUAGCAGUCAGCUAGGGGCGCCUUGAGACACUGGGCCUUUGGUUAGUCUAGAGCGCGACAGUGGCUGCUUGCUGGAAGCGGGAGAGGAACCAGAGUGUGUGUGACUCCACCAGUAGGUCACCGGCAGUCUUAGGUCGUCACGGGUCACAACUGCUCAGCCUCGUGACCCAACCUCCCCUCGAAGUGGAGGGAAAUACUGAAAAUUGUGAAGGUAAAAUGACACGCUCGCGAAGUUGUGUCCUGGUGAAAGUAAGCCGUUUGUACAGUUGUCGGUGGCGGGGCUUUGUCUUACAUAGAGAGUAUUGCCUUCCAGGUGUUUAUAUGUGUAGAGUGAGGGAGACGGCAGGUACAGAGCACAAGUGUUUAAGAGACGGGAGCGCUAAACGGUGCAAGAUGGCGGUGUGAGGUGGGUCUGGGGUUUCCCUAGGCCCAGUGUAAGACAUGCGGGCGUGCGGCGGCGUGGACAUGGGCGGCCAGUAGUGUGCAGUAGGUGAACGCCGCCGCCCACCAUGAGCACCGGGAAUCUGUCUGUGGUGGGGACGCCGCCCUCCGACGCCCCCGCUGCCCCCGGUGCUCUGGCCAAACUGUCCGGACUCCACGAGUGGCUGUCCCUGGAGAACCGGCGAGUGAAGCAGUGGUGGUCGACGCGCUCCGGCACUGACCUCCACAGGAUCUACGUCAAUCAGCUCCAAGACACUGAUGAGUUGCGGUCGCAGUUGAACGAGCAGCUGCGAGCGCUUGACGGGCGGGUGGACACCCAGACGGCGUUGGUGAAUGAGCUUCAAGACUGGUUUAGGCGGCGGGCCGAGCUCCACCAAGACUAUGCCACCAAGCUCGAUAAGUUGGCCAAGUCUCUCCAAGCCAGGCAUAAGGAACAGAGGGUCAAACGUGAACAGCUGCAUUUGUUUAGUGUGUACAGUUGUUGGAAUUCUUUGGUAAACCAGACAAGGAAAGAUGCACGGGACCAGGCUGCCAUGGCUGAUGUCUACCUCAACAAUAUCAUUCCCAGAUUUACCCAAGUCCAGGACGAUGUACAGAGAAUUUACAAAAGGUGUCGAGAAAUUGGGUACGAGAGUCAUGAAGAGCUUUUGAAGGUAUUGCAUGAACUGCAUACCACCAUGCGCACGUACCACACAUACCAAACAGAGUUUAAGAAUGCAGAAACAAAGUUGCGUAACUUUGAGGCUCAGAGAAGUAAACUGGAGCAGGCUAUACCCAAGGAGAAGCUGGAGAAGAGCAAGAAGUUUAGGGUCAUUGAAAAGGAAAUUCAGAAGCGGAGUAACAAAUACAUGGAUGCUAAGCUGAAGGCUCUGAAGGCUCGAAAUGAAUAUAUUCUUUCUAUGGAUUCUGCUAAUGCUGCCAUUCAUAAAUACUUUGUGGAGGAUCUCUCUGACAUUGUUGAUUGUAUGGACUUUGGGUUUCACAGCAGUAUAGCCAGAGCCCUUCUUACCCAUGUCUCUGGGGAGGAGUGUCUACGAAGGAGCUUGCAGAGUGGUAUUGAUGAGCUCAAUAAGUCUAUAAACAACCUUGAUUCCCGCUUGGACAAACAAAGGUUCCUAGAAUUCAACAAUGCAGCCUUCAUGCUUCCUAAGAAAUUUGAAUUCCAAGGACACAAAGGGGACGAGUAUGUGGCAGGCACUGUUACCCCGCAGUGUCAGACUCAUGAGGAUUCCAAUACAACACAGGUGAACCAGGUUGUGGUCAAUAGACAAGUACAAGAGGAGAUGGAAAAGCGCUAUGCUCACCUUGUCUCCAGACUCACAAGCCUCAAAACAGAAUCUGAAGAAACUUGGAAGACCAUAGAGACAGCUGAAAAGACGUUGAUGGAGAUGAUCAACCAGCGGGACUAUGAUUGUGCUCACUAUUUCAUUGAUGAGCCUCGGCCUGACAACAAGCAACCAGAGUCGAUGCUCAUCAAAAUGAAAGCUGACAGACAAGAAACAGAAGAUUUUUAUCUCAGUAAAUUUCGUGAAUACACUCUUGGAAGCAACCUGAUCACUCGAUUACAGGCUCGGUAUGAACUUAUGCGAAAGGCUCUUGGUGAUGAAACACAAACCACCUCUUCUCCCACACCAACAAGAAAUCUAGUGAACAAACCUCGGCGUCGUCGCAUUGGGCGGAACCCUCUGAUGGGUCAACCCAAAUUAUUUGGUGGAUCACUAGAGGAGUACCUGGAAGCCACUGGACAGGAUAUACCACUCAUAAUGAAGUCCUGCAUUAGGGUCAUCAAUCUAUAUGGACUGCACCAUCAAGGUAUAUUCAGAGUAUCUGGCUCCCAGGUGGAAAUAAACAACUUCCGUGAAUCCUUUGAAAGGAUGGAGGACCCUCUGGCAGAUGUGACAGAUGCUUCAGACAUCAACAGCGUAGCAGGAGUUCUCAAGCUGUAUCUGAGAGAACUCCGAGAGCCUCUCUUUCCCACCGUCUUCUUCGAUCAGUUCAUGGAAAUUGCUCCACUGGAGAAGAAGCAUGACUUUGUUGUGAAGAUGAGGGAUGUAGUGACAAGUCUUCCCCGACCGGUGUUUGUCGUCAUGAGGUACCUCUUUGCAUUCCUUAACCACCUGUCUGAGUUCAGUGAUGAAAACAUGAUGGAUCCCUACAACCUUGCCAUCUGCUUUGGUCCAACUCUGGUGCCGAUACCUGAAGACAAAGAUCAGGUCCAGUACCAGAAUUUGGUUAACGAGUUGAUCAAGAAUAUAAUCAUCUUCAGUGAGGACAUCUUCCCCAGUGAUGGUGGUCAUACCUAUGAGAAAUACAUCUCACGAGACUCUAUAGACCUGGAAGCUGAAGUGGGAGAUGCACCAUCAGAGGCUCAUGAUGAUGUUGACUCUGAACCAGGCCAGUCGGAGGAUGAUUCAGUAUUUAGAGACAAAGACAUAACGCUUCAGAUAUUUGGAAAAAGUGAAAUCCUGGAAGCCAUUGCACAGUUUGACUUCCUGGCUCGCUCGGAACGUGAGCUGAGCUUCAACAAGGGAGACGUUUUGGUCCUUCAUUCUCAGGUGUCCAGUGAUUGGUGGAGAGGCUCGUUUCAAGGCAAGCAGGGCCUCAUACCGGACAAAUAUAUCCUUCUCAAGAUCAGAGAUGAAGACAAGGAUCGUCUCAGUGACCGUGGUGCUGCUGAAGUGUUACGGAGACGUGCAUCCUCGUCCUCGGAGAGCAUUCUGUCAUCUUCCACUCAACAAUCCUCUGAAGGAGUAGCUAGGCCAACCUCUCAUAAUGGGGCAGCCCAAGCACCCCUCUCACCAUCUCCAGCAUCAAUGCAAAGCCAAGACUCGUGUGCCAGCCCAGUGAGUCGUGAUGGCCUUGGAGGAGCCUCGUCCUCGCUAGGGCUAGACUCUGGCGGGGUAUCGGACGGGGCACAAGCAGACGGGGCACGCCCAACCUCACCGCUGCCGAGCACCCCAGGGCAGGCCUCCCACUCCCCCACCCCCCCACACUCCCUUCAACACGGGGCUUGUCUCUCCCUCUCAGAUGUGUCGAGUAUCGUGUCUGUCCAGGAGGAGGCAGGGGAGUUCCUCGGUAGUGAAUGCUCUCUGCAGAUCACCAUGCAGGGUGAAAGUGGAGGUGUUGCCCCCACCUCCCCCAAUUCCACCCAACCCACCCAGCACUCUUCAUGCCCCUUCUUUGAGUCGGUGACCCAGCCUAUGGCCCCUGCAUUGGUGGCGGAAGCAAAUGAAGGGGUCAAGAUGGAGGAGUCUCCGAAGGGCAAAAACAUGGAGCAGUUAAGCAUCAGUUUGAUCAAUUCCUCUACCAGUGACUCCAUGAGUGGGGGGUCAUUGUCUCGUAGUAUGUUAGAAGUACGUGAUGAUGGAGGGUAUCGUGCUGAGGGGAACUCGUGGGAGCAGAGACCUCGACGCCCCUCCCAAGGUUCCAACCUUUCUUCUAGCAGUUCUGAAGAACGUCUCAAUUAUCCUGCGCCUCGUACAUUCUGGGAACGACGAGGUAAACCUAAGCCUGUAGCUGGAGCUCCAGAUUUAGUAAUGGAUCUGCCAGUUACUCCAUUAUCGUCUUCCCCCAAAGAACAAGGUGGCAUCAGUCCCAGAUUGCGCCGUACCCACCUUCAUCGUGAGAGCCAAAGUUAUGAUGGUUCUUCCUCAUCUGGGGGUUCAUCCCCUGGUACUCAAUCUCCUGAUAUGACUGCAGGUGAGGUUUUUGCCAAACAAAACCAGUGUACAUUGAAGAAAACUCCGGCCCUUAAAUCUUUUGGUGGAUAUAGUACAGAUGCACAAACUCAGACAAUUGUUCCAGUUAAAGUAACAUCGUCCCUUAGCCUAAUUAAAAAAAACAGUGAUGCCACCGAGUUGAGGAUAACAGAAGGAGAGGAAUCGUCAGUAUCCAGUAUUGUACGUAGUUUAGACAAUGUGAUGCAACAACUAGACUCGGAGAUGCGAAGUGAACGCACUGAAGUGUCCUCUGAAGUUCGAGUUGAGGUACGGUCAGGUUCAGAAAAACCACAGGAAGUAACGGUGGCACCAUCAACUCCGAAGCUAGCUGCAAGAUACCUACAGGCUGUUGCAGCAUCAACAGGUGGAUCGACUCCAGCAAUGAAACCACCUGUUCGAGUAAAGCCUUCCGUACUUAAGAAACCAUCAUUAACGAGAGGAUCGCCUGAACCUGACCCACCAAAAUAGAUCAUUGGGGUAGAUCAGAACAUUUUAUAUAACUUUGUUUAACCAAUUCAAACAUUGACUUCAAACAGGGAAAUGGGCCUUAUUGAAAUUAAAAUUGUUAUAUUCGAUCAUAUUUGUGCAGUGUAGAUUAAGUUCUAGUUCUGUUGAUAACUGUUAUUAGGCCAUACAAUAUGUGGAAGAUUUGUACAUGAAAUGCACGAGUUAUCUUUAACUGGAAUAUAUUUUAGAUUCAACCAAUGUUAUUUGAAUGGUGUGACAAUCUUUCUCCAAAAAAUUCUAGUUAAACAAUGUAGGUAUAAGUAUUUCAUGACAGAAGGAACCAUAUGUUACAAUGAAAAAUUGCAUUUAGUGUGCCUCAACAUGUGGAAAGCAAAGCAAUGGUGUGUUGUGUCCACAUUUUAGAUUUUAGAUUUAAUGCAUUAAAUUUAAUUUGAUAGCGAAUCUCCUUAUUCAGACAAAUUAUUUGUGACACUUCCCUAAAAUUAAAAAAAAAUUAAAAUACACAGCACGAGAACCAGUGAAGGAAUAUUUGUGGGAAAUAUGCUGCUGUAAACAUAUUGCUCAAGGUGAUGGUGCACAUGACAGACACCGACUCUUCCGAUGCAUUUACUUAGCCCAGCGGUAUUUGGGGCACCUUCAGCCUUCAGUCAACUGAGCUUCACAACGCUCAGUUGAUUAUUGUGACUCAAAGUUACUUAAUGGUUCAAAAAAAAAAAAGGUUUGAAUUUGCCAGCAUUGAAAUGUUGGACAGUGUAUUAGUAUUCAGUGACCAUUUCAAGAAGUAAUGUUUGUAUACAUUGAAGAGGAUUAUGCAUAUCAUCCUGCCUGCUUGUAUGCACUAGUCAGGAGAUACACACCUAGUCAGUCUUUUCCUGGCAAGUUUAGAUGAUCUGGUUUUGUAAGUGAACUUUUACAAACAUUUCUAUAUCUGACAACAUACCACUAUGGGUCUUUUUUUUUUUUAUUACAUAAAUUCUGAAUUGACUGAAGUGCAUUAUUGCCAGAUGGUUUCAGUGGUGAUUUUGAGUGGUGCUUCCUAAGUGCUGAUGUGCUGGAAAACUCAUCCCAGUAUUGACAUUGGGUGCUGAAGGAGUUACUUGGAAAGAUGAGAGCUCGAUAUAUAUGUUGAUGAUCAUUCCUGUAAAUAAAUAGUAAUGAAAAUGAUAUUCGAGGAAGGUGGAACUAUGGCAUAAGGUGACUUGUGGUAGUGUUGCACUAGGAAUGCCAAAAUGCUUCAUACUUCUGAGCUUACUGAAAUUCCAGGAAACUGCUCAUCCGACUCACAUUUGUAAAGAUACCAAAUGGAUAUUAAGUUGUAAAUGACUAGUUUAUAGUGAAGCAUGAAGCACACUUAUGUGAUACAUGAUAAAGGACCAAACAGCUAAAUGCUUAUUUUCCUAUACUGUACAAGUACUGUAGUGACAGAAUCAUUAUUCUUGUGGCCCAAACAUUCGGUGGUUUUGGGGUCCUUUGCAGAUAAUCGAAUUUUGACUCUGAAAUCCUCAUUGUAAAUAUAUGUAUUAUUUUCCUUUUCCCAAAAUACAUGACACAAGGGCACAUUUGAAGCAAACUUUAAGUGUGUCUUGGUAGGGAAUGGGAGUAGUGGAGGGAAGUGUAGAAUUCAUUUUAAAUUGUGAGGGGAAAGUUGUAUUCUAAGAUCUUUCAUCAGUGAAGAAAAUAAAUCUUUACCCUAAUAUAUGAAACAGUUGUGUUGCCAGAUGUGAAAAUUUAUUAUAAUUCUCUUGUUUUUUUCCCCUCAUCCCUGGGGACCUGGGAAUUGUCAGGUUGUGUUUUUCUUGUGUUGUCAGCUCAAAUAUGUAAGUAGGAGACAUAGAUGAGGUAAUGUUGCUGUUAUCCAUGACCUGAUGAGUGUUAUGACAAGCUGUUUAUAUUUGGAAUACAGCAGCGAGAUAAAUUGUACGUUAAACACUUAAUGCGUCAUGCUACAUUGUCAGGAAAAAUAUUUAAUACCAUUCAAAGGAUGCCAUGUAGGAUGUAUUAGUACAGCUAUAUUCAGAUUUAUUACGAGAAAUUUAAAAAUAUAUAGAUUUUUUUUCUAUUUGUAUGUGCAUCUGGUAGUACUUGGAUAUUACUUGGUAGCAUUAAUGAUUAUUCAUCAUUUCAUUAAGAGAAAAUUUAUUAAUAGAUACAGUGUACAAAGGUGUUUUUUAGUUAGUAUAUUAUUUACCUCUUCACUUCCACUGUUAGAUUUGUUAUGAUAGUAUUGUAGCAUGGCCAGUGUUCAUACAUAUGUUAACUUGAAGUAAACUGCUCAUUAUGGGUUAAGCAAGCAACAAGGAAAUAGAAUUAAAAUACAGAUCUGAUAAAUAUUAUCCUAUAUUUCUUACACCAUUAUGGCCAUAAAUAUUAUUUCAUGGGAGUGAAGAGGGGAGAACAGAUUCCAUUUCUAACUUGUCUUCCGGUCCAGGAGUAUGAGUUUCUCAGGAGUAAUGGGGCGAGAAAUAUUAAUAUUUCUUACAGUUGUUUUGUCAGUAUGCCUUGCCUUAGAUACACUUAUGGAACCUUAGCUUUGGAGAUCACCGGCUUCACAGUGGUGACGUUUAUGGAAGAAGUAAUGCUGUUUGGCCCCCCCCCCUGCCCGAGGAAUUAAUUUUGUAUGAAAUUGUACUGUUGAUUUAUAUAAUAUUUAUGAACAUUGCCAAGGGUAAGCUAUACCCAAUUCAGAGGUUCAUAUUUUUAAAAUGACAGCAAUUAGCAGAAUAAGUGGUGUAUGGCAUUCUCUUGGUUUAUUGUAAAUUCUGCAGUUGAUGGAAUAGGUAAUUUCCAGUUUUCCAGUGUUAUGCCUCUGGACGUAUUUGGAAUGGGUCGCUGUGAUUUCCAGGUUUGUACAUCUGGGAGGGUUCAGUGAGAGCAUGGCAUUAAUCCAGAGAAUCUCUUGUGACAACAUAAUAUUUGGUUCCAAAGUUUGAUGCUGCAUACAAGCAUGUGUACAACACAUGUUCAAAUUCCAAGUUGCUAUGUUUUUCAGUGUCUUCAUUUAUGUAAGAGCAUUUAUACCAGAUGAGAAAAACAUUGCUUUUAGUGAAUAUAAAGUUAUUAUAAUAAUGUUAAUGUUAAUAUUGUAACAAUUCAGCAAUUUUUGAAUUAUGAAGAUUAUAAGAUGCAUAUUUUUACUAUUACUUUGCUGAUAAUUCAAUAAUAAUAGUGUUGGUAACAUGUAUCUAUGAUUGCUAUCUUCAGAAAGGUUUCUAUUACUUUAUUUAGAGAUCACUUCAACUGUGGCAUAGACUUUUGAGUAGACAAUUGCCCUUUCACAAGAUGAGACUGAUAGUGUGGCCCUGGUCUUGUGUGAGAGGUGGUUGCAGUAUGAGACUGACGGUGUGGCCCUUGUGUCUUAUGUGAGAGGUGGUUGCAGGAUGAAAGACUGAUGGUGUGGCCCUUGUGUCUUGUGUGAGACGUGGUCGCAGGAUGAAAGACUGAUAGUGUGGCCCUUGUGUCUCAUUGUCUCUGGUGGUUUUGUUUUCCCACUUUUCAUCUGCUUUUUUGCUCAUUUUCACGUGACUUGUCGUCUCCUUUCUGUAUUUACAUAUUUCGUUAUGAGACUACAAGUAUUGAAUUGUACUAUUUUACUUGCAGUGUUAAAAAAUAAUAAAAUAUUUUGAAAGUAA